CUUUGGAUCUCCAGCCGUGCGCCCCUUCCGGCAGCCCGAGGCGACCCGGGGCGAUGGGGGCGCUGCUGGCGCUCUGCCUCCUCUUGGGCUGGCAGCGCUGGGACCUCGCGGGCGCACAGCAGCCCGGGGAAUACUGCCACGGCUGGGUGGACGUGCAGGGCAACUACCACGAGGGGUUCCAGUGCCCGGAAGACUUCGACACGCUGGAUGCCACCAUCUGCUGCGGCUCCUGUGCGCUCCGUUACUGCUGCGCUGCCGCCGACGCCAGGCUGGAGCAGGGCGGCUGCACCAACGAUCGUGGCGAACUGGAGCACCCCGGAAUCACGGCGCAGCCUGUCUACGUCCCCUUCCUGAUCGUCGGCUCCAUCUUCAUUGCCUUCAUCAUCCUGGGCUCUUUAGUGGCUAUUUAUUGUUGCACCUGUUUGAGACCCAAGGAGCCUUCGCAGCAGCCCAUCCGCUUCUCGCUCCGCAGCUAUCAGACAGAAACUUUGCCCAUGAUCUUGACCUCCACAAGCCUCAGAGCACCGUCCAGACAGUCCAGCACAGCCACCAGCUCCAGCUCCACAGGCGGCUCCAUCCGCAGAUUCUCCUUUGCCAGGGCUGAGCCAGGCUGCCUGGUACCUUCCUCACCCCCACCGUAUACCACGGGCCACCCAAUACACCUGACCCAGCCGUCUGGUUUUCUGGUGUCACCCCAAUAUUUUGCUUACCCCCUCCAGCAGGAGCCCCCACUGCCUGGGAAAAGCUGUCCAGACUUCAGUUCCAGUUGACAGGCCAUGGAAAGAAAUCUGUGAUGUAGUCCAAUGGCAGACAGUUGCUGUGGCCACACUCAUUUCUGAAGAAAUUUCUCUGCAACAGAAUGCUAGAUGUCCUGUUCUGUUCUAAAGGUUCCUGACUCCAACAUAGAAGGUCUGGCUUUGCAAACAUGAUGACCCUUACAUUGCAAUUUAUGCUACUUUUAUUCAAAAUAAGCAGCAGUUUGACUUUCAGUUUGCAAUUGGCUGACAGAAUUGUGGGGACAAUUCAGUUAUACUGCCUAGAAAAGGCCUCUGAGUUCCUUUUCUUGUGUUUAUUGAGUUAUAAUACAAGCAUAUUCAUAAAUAUGGAGGGAAAAUACCUAAUAGUAAUUGUAAAGGCUCACUUAAAAAUUAACUAUUAAAUAAACUUUUGGGGACAGUGAGUCACCUAUUUAUAAUUCUGAGAGUAACCUAACCUUGAAUAAUAUUAGUAUGAUAAGAACAUCUACUUUCCAAACUAAUAACUGAAUUUUGUUUAAGAGUUUCCUCUUUUCAGAAUACAAUGUUUCAGUAGCCACAUGGGAAGUUUUAAGUUUUAAGACAUUCAAUGUAACACAUUCUAUAUAAAAAUCACUUCCCCCACACACCUGAGGGAAUAUUUAUUGCAGACUUUUUGUCUUAAAACACUUGUUUGUAAAACGAGUAAUGUAUAAAUGUAAAGACUUGUAAUUUAAUGUAUUUACCACAUUGACGGUACUAAUUAUUUAGUGGUUACACUGUAAUUUUUAUGUUAAGAACUGUGAUGAGUAAUGUCCAGCUAUUGGUAGAACCAUUUGUAAGAUUAUGAAUGGCAGGUACCACUGAAUUCCAUGUCUGAUGGCCAUGUAUUUGCGCACAUUUCCUGCUGGGUUUAGAAUAAAUAAAGUGCUGUACAUUUUCAUGAACUCCUUUGUAGAUUUGAAAUCAGAAUCCUUUGUUUUAUCCCCUUAGUGAUAAU